AUGUCGGCCGCUGAGGAUCUUUUGAGAGAUUUCGAAGACUCGGAUUUGGAAGAUGUGGGAGAAGAUGAAGUCGAAAAUGGCGUUCAAGUGAUGGAAGACGUGGUGGAGCAGCCAGCAGAGGAAGCCGGCGAGGAGGAAAAUGUUGCAGUUAAAAAUGAUUUUGAGGUCGCCAUGUCCGCAGCAGAUGAAUUAGCACGUCUACACAAGGUUCUACGCGAUCAUUAUUCGAUACGAUUUCCAGAGCUCGAGACUCUGAUCACAAACCCGAUCAACUACGCGAAAACUGUCGCAAUAUUGAAGAAUGGGCCUCUUGAUAGUAUCAAAGAGCUGUCCACAAGCGCGGACAACAUUGUUGGUGUUCCUUUAAAUGCUGUGAUCGAUGGACCCUCGUUGAUGGUCGUUACAGUCGAAGGAACCUCCACGCGGGGACGGGAGAUGACAGACGCGGAGCUCAAGGUUGUGCUCGAGACUUGCGAAAAAAUCCUGAAACUCGACCGAGAGCGAACUGCACGUAUUGAGAGCGUUCAGUCCCGCAUGACGGAAAUUGCGCCAAAUCUUACAGCUCUCAUCGGGUCGCAGACGGCCGCUCAGUUUCUUAAUCAAGCGGGUGGAUUACUAGAGCUUGCCAAAAUCCCCGCCUGUAAUCUGGCUGCUCAGGGAUCCAAAAAGCAAGAAGGGUUGGGUUUUGCUACAAAUGUUGGGAUUCGGCAGCAAGGUUUUCUCUAUCAUUCGCCGAUCAUUCAGGAUAUUCCGAACGAUGUCAAACGGCAGGCAAUGCGUAUUGUGUCAGCAAAGAUGGUGCUCGCUGCUCGAGCUGAUGUUUCCCAUAGUAGCCCAGACGGAUCUAUGGGUGAGGAGCUUAAGCAGCAAUGUUUCCACCGACUAGACAAACUUACAGAACCGCCACCAAACAAAGGUCCUCGGGCCCUUCCUGCUCCCGACGACAAGCCGGCGCGAAAGCGAGGUGGCCGACGUGCACGCAACGCAAAGCAGGCUGUAGCAAUGACGGAGAUCCGUAAAGCCCAGAAUAGGCUCGCGUUUGGUAAAGAGGAACAGGAGGCUGGUUAUGGUACGGGUGACGGCACAAUCGGGUUGGGCAUGCUUGGGCAAGAGAACGAUGGCCGAAUUCGCGCAGCUCAGAUUGAUCAGCGCACACGAGCUAAGCUGAGCAAGUCCAACAAAGGCUGGGGAGCAGCUACCCCAAUCAGUGGCACAGCUACAUCGCUUCGGGGCCCUGGAAAUGCUACAGUCCUGGGUCUACGCACAUCAGGCGUGGGACCCUCACUUGGAGCGUCGGCUGGUACAGCAAGUUCGAUUGCGUUCACUCCGGUUCAGGGAUUGGAACUGGUCGAUCCGAAAGUGCAGGCAGAGCUCAACCGCAAACGCAAGGCGGAAGAGGAUCGGUGGUUCAAGAGCGGCACCUUCACUCAAGUGGGCAAUCAAAGCACUGUUGGACAGGGCGGCAGCGGAGGCUUCAAGGUUCCGGAGGUGCCGGCGAAGAAGGUAAACACUGGAGGAAGCAUGGCCCCCCCACCGCUUCCCACGAAAAGGUGA